AGGAGCCUGUAGGAACAUACCUUGACAGGCUGAUGGACCUGUCCAAGCGAGUGUCGUUAUGGACGGUGGAGGAUGUGUUGCAGUGGGUGCAGGAGCAGUGUCCAGCCCAUGUGGACAAGCUGCAGAGAGCCGUCAUCAAACACUCGAUCUCAGGCCGAGCGUUGCUGAGAUUAAAGGAUCAUCACCUGGAGCUUCUCGGGGUGGAAGCCGAGGAGCAGCAGCAGGAGAUCCUGCAGGACCUUCUCCUCCUCCGAGUCCAGGAGGAAAUCAAUGAACUCACUGACAUCUGCUCUGACUGUUUUUCUUCGUAGCAGAAGAUAAAUCUUCAGACAAGAAAUGCUGCUUACAUUUU